CACCCGGCAAGUAUCACCUCAACUGGAUCGCUUAUGUCCGUGGACCUCCAGCAACCUCACAGUGGACCUUUUGUUGGAACUUCUAUUCCCACACACCCACUUAAUUUUGGGGUGGAGACAGAAACAACUCAAGAAGUAUUUUUUCUGCAGUAGUUUAAACUUAUACUGACCGGCCAUGAGCUGUUUCGGGUACCGCAGAGAGUUGAGUAAGUACGAAGAUGUCGAUGAGGACGAGCUUUUGGCUUCCCUCAGCCCUGAAGAGUUGGCUGAGUUGGAAAAGGAGCUGGUGGACAUUGAUCCUGACGCCAACGUGCCCACAGGACUCAGACAAAAAGACCAGACGGAUAAGACCCCGACUGGUACCUUCAGCAGAGAGGCCCUCAUGAAGUAUUGGGAAAAUGAGACACGUAGACUGCUGGAGGACGAGAUCGGUGGAGGAAGCCCCAAACCGGUCAAGGAGGAGGAAGAGGAGGUGGAUGAAGAAGAAGUAGAAAAUGAGGAAGAAGCUGUACCAGAGGAGGAGGAGGAGGAAGAUGAGGAGGAGGAAGAUGAGGAGGAAGAAGAUGAGGAGGAGGAGUCAGAUGAUGAAGAGGAGGAAGAGGAACAAGAUAAUAAAUUAAAACCUGAACCCUCAAAGGAUUCUGGGGCGCUGAUGUCACAGGCCGACACCCCUAUGCUAUUGAAACCCCAGAGGGUGGAGCCUAUGAGACUGACUCCUCCCCCCCCACCUGUCGACCCGAACACAACCGGAAACCCGACCGUUGUCGACGAAGCUCUCCAACGAGCUCUGAACAAUAACCCUGAACUCACAGAGGUUAAUCUCAACAACAUUGACGAUAUCUCACAGGAAACCCUCAUCCGAUUUGCUGAAGCGCUGAGGUACAACACACACGUGCGGGUCUUUAGCCUCGCGAACACCCGAGCCGACGACCCUGUGGCUCUGGCUAUUGCUAAGAUGCUGAGGGAGAACUCGUCCAUCAUCAGUCUGAAUAUAGAGUCCAACUAUGUGACUGGAAAGGGCGUGAUGGCGCUGGUUCAAGCACUUCCUGGAAACAACACCCUGACUGAGCUUCGGUUUCACAAUCAGAGACACAUGUGUGGAGGACAGGUAGAGAUGGAGAUGGUGAAGAUACUGAGGGAAAACAACACCUUGAUCAAACUGGGCUACCAGUUCCACCUGCCUGGGCCCAGGAUGAGCAUGACGGGGAUCCUCACAAGGAACCAGGACCGUCAGAGACAGAAACGGCUGCAGGAGCAGAAACUGCAGCAGCAGGGCCAACAGGGGGCCCCGGAGGGAGCCGUUAACCCCAGAACCAAUGCACUGAAAGGGACUUCAUCACCUUACAGCUCACCCAGAGCCUCUCCUUGGUCCUCACCCAAACUCCCCCGGAGCGACUUGGCUAAAAAACAGACUCCUCCUGCUCCACCUCCUCCUCCCCCUCCACCACCUCCUCCUCCUCCCCCACCUCCUCCACCACCGCCUCUCCCUCAUCGGGAGAACAAGAAACCCACCAGGAUGAUUGCGCAGGUCAUCAAGGCACACGAGGCGGGCAGCAAGAAGGUGAGAAAGACAAAAGGUAAGAAGGGCAAGAAGGGGAAAGAGGAGACGAGUAGCAUCCUGAAGGAGCUCAAGAACGCGCUGAGGCCCGUGUAUGUGGAGAGGAGAGGGGAGGAUUGCAGCAGGCCAUCUACGCCAAUGAGGUCAGCCCACGACCAGCUGAUGGAGUCCAUUCGCAGCAGCAGCGGCCGCAGCCUGAAACGAGUUGAAGUCCCACAUCACCUACGAUAAUACAAGCGGACGUAAAAGAGCUUUAUUCGAUGCCAUGGAAAUUGGGGAAUCUGCCAAUGGAGUGAUGACACAAGAUGAAAACAUGUUGGGAUCGCUAAGGAGGCAAAAACUGAAAAAGCAAAUUGCACUGCAAUAAUAGCUUUACAAGUUGUUGUUUUUUUUACAAGUAUUUAAGCAUAAUUGGAAAUAUUAAAAGGUAUUUCUAUUUUAAUUUUGACAUUAGAUGACUGAACUGUUUACUGAUAAGUUUUCUAAUUUGUUGUUUUCUUGUAAAAUUGUACA